GCGGCCCGUACUGACGACCUGGCAGAGCCCCGCCCCCCGUGGCGGAGGAUAUAUAAGGGAGUGCGCUGCGUACUGUUGACCUGGCCCUGUUCAGAGACAGCACUACCUGGGACGAGGCAGGAAGGAAAGAACGAACAUGGCGUCUACCAGCCGUUUGGAUGUGCUUCCCAGAGUGACAUGUCCAAACCAUCCAGAUUCCAUUUUAGUGGAAGAUUAUAGAGCUGGAGACAUGAUCUGUCCUGAAUGUGGACUAGUAGUGGGUGACCGGGUCAUAGAUGUAGGGUCAGAGUGGAGAACUUUCAGCAAUGAUAAAGCAACAAAAGACCCAUCUCGAGUUGGAGACACCCAGAAUCCUCUCUUGAGUGAUGGGGAUUUAACUACAAUGAUUGGCAAGGGCACAGGUGCAGCAAGUUUUGAUGAAUUUGGAAAUUCAAAGUACCAGAAUCGCAGGACUAUGAGCAGCUCUGAUCGAGCAAUGAUGAAUGCUUUUAGAGAAAUUACUAACAUGGCAGACAGAAUCAACCUUCCCAGAAAUAUAGUUGAUCGAACAAAUAAUUUAUUCAAGCAAGUGUAUGAGCAGAAGAGCCUGAAGGGGAGAAGUAAUGAUGCCAUUGCUUCUGCUUGUCUCUAUAUAGCCUGUAGACAAGAAGGUGUUCCUAGAACAUUUAAAGAAAUAUGUGCAGUGUCCAGGAUUUCAAAAAAAGAAAUAGGUCGGUGUUUUAAGCUUAUUUUGAAGGCUCUGGAAACCAGUGUGGAUUUGAUCACAACUGGUGAUUUCAUGUCAAGAUUUUGUUCAAAUCUGGGUCUUCCUAAACAAGUACAGAUGGCAGCGACACACAUAGCACGUAAAGCUGUGGAAUUAGACUUGGUUCCUGGGAGGAGUCCGAUCUCUGUAGCAGCUGCAGCUAUUUAUAUGGCGUCACAAGCCUCAGCAGAGAAAAGGACCCAGAAAGAAAUAGGAGAUAUUGCUGGUGUUGCUGAUGUUACAAUCCGACAAUCUUAUAGACUUAUCUAUCCACGAGCUCCAGAUCUCUUCCCAGUAGACUUCAAAUUUGACACCCCUGUGGACAAACUACCGCAGCUGUAAAAUUGCUAAGUUACAUUUAAUUUCUAAAGAACAUUUGAUUUUUGCCUAUAAAAGGAUGUGUAUAUAUAUAGUGUUGCUACUGAGCCUUCAUAUUGUGGAACUGGAGGAGGAUAUGAAAA